AAAAAGCUCGUCUCUCUCUCUCUCUCUCUCACUCUCUGUCUUUUUGUGUUUCUCUCUCUUCUGUGAUAUAAUAUUGGAAUUUAACUAACAAACCUCACACACUCUCUCUCUCGAUCUCUAAAUAAACAUACAGUUUCUCUCUCAUCUUGGUUUCUCUCUCUUUUCUUUCUGCUACACAUCACACCUAGCCAGUUGCAGUAUUGCAGUGAGCAGCAUCAGCAGCAGAUGCAGCACUGCUCCGCUGCAGCUCAGAAGCCAAAAAAGAAAAACACCCCCCAAAAAAAUAAAAUAACAAAAAGAAAUAAAAAAAAAACACUAAAAAUUCAAUUUUUAUAAUAUUUUUAUACCCACAUGAAAAGCUUGAUUUGAUACCUCCCAAAAGCCCUUUCAGAGAGAGAGAGAGAGAAAGAGAGAGAGAAAAGAGGAAAAAAGAGAAAUUUUAGCAGAGAGAAGAAAGAAAAGAAGCAAGCUUUUCUUUUUUAUUUUCUUUUUUUUUGGGGCUUUGAGAGUGUUAGGCGGAGCUUCUUUUAGGAAAUGCCAAAGGUGCACUUAACCUCAUCAGCUGGCCCUCCUACUCUCAAAAUGCAGGCAUGAAAACCCUUCGCUUUCUCUCUCUACACUCUCUUUCUUACUUGAAGAAGCUGAGCGUGUUUGAAUUGGGUACUAGUACUACCAUUGUCCUUAUCUAGGGCUUUUGGAUUUCCAUGGCGGGUCUCAUCGAUCUCAACACCACCGAGGAUGACGAAACUCCCUCCUCUGGUUCUUCCGCCUCUUCCUCCUCUGUUUCUAUUUUAAGUGCUUCUGGUUCGGCUUCCACUCCUGCUGGUGCUUCUGGUUUUGCAUCUUCGUCGGUGUGCUUGGAGCUGUGGCAUGCCUGUGCUGGUCCUCUGAUUUCGUUGCCCAGGAAAGGCAGUGUGGUGGUUUAUUUGCCUCAGGGCCACUUGGAACAAGUUUCUGAUUUCCCGGCUGCUGCCUAUGAACUCCCACCUCACCUCUUCUGUCGUGUUGUUGAUGUCAAACUCCAUGCGGAGGAGGGCACCGACGAGGUUUACGCGCAGGUCUCGCUGGUUCCUGAAACCGAGCAAAUUGAACAAAAACUGCGGGAUAGAGACGUCGAUGAAGAUGGUGAAGAGGAGGAUAUUGAAGCAGCAGCUAAGUCGACUACACCUCACAUGUUUUGCAAGACCCUUACAGCUUCUGAUACCAGCACUCAUGGAGGUUUCUCUGUCCCUCGUCGUGCUGCUGAAGACUGCUUCCCAUCCCUGGAUUAUAAACAACAAAGACCGUCUCAAGAGCUGGUGGCAAAGGAUCUGCAUGGCCUGGAAUGGAGGUUCCGACAUAUCUACAGGGGGCAGCCACGAAGGCAUUUGCUUACCACAGGAUGGAGUGCAUUUGUGAACAAGAAGAAGCUAGUUUCUGGGGAUGCCGUACUCUUUCUUAGGGGUGACGAUGGAGAACUGAGGCUAGGAAUUCGGAGGGCUGCCCAAGUGAAAGAUUGUUCUACAUUUCCGACCCUGUACAGCCAGCAGUUAAAUUAUAGCUCUCUCACAGAUGUGGUUAAUGCUAUCUCUUCAAGAAGUUCUUUCAGUAUCUACUACAAUCCAAGGGCAAGCUCCUCGGACUUCAUUGUCCCUUUGCGCAAAUUUUUGAAAAGCCUUGAUCGAUCCUUUUCUGUUGGAAUGAGGUUCAAAAUGCGUUUUGAAACGGAAGAUGCAGCAGAACGAAGAUACACAGGACUAGUAACUGGCAUCGGCGAUAUGGAUCCUGUAAGAUGGCCUGGUUCGAAGUGGAGAUGUCUAGUUGUAAGAUGGGAUGAUGUUGACACAAAUAGGCAUGGCAGGGUUUCUCCGUGGGAAAUUGAGCCCUCCGGUUCUGCUCCUAGUUCGGCUAGCUUUAUGGCACCUGGUUUGAAGAGAACCAGGAUAGGAUUGUCUUCGGCAAAGCCAGAAUUUCCAGUUCCUAAUGGAAUUGGAGCAUCAGACUUUGGGGAAUCAUUGAGGUUCCAGAAGGUCUUGCAAGGUCAAGAAAUUAUGGGUUUUGAUACUCCUUUUGAUGGCAUUGGUACGCAAAAUCUGCAUCCAUCUGAAACAAGGAGGGGAUAUCCCGGUUCUAACAGUUCUGGGAUUGCUGCAAUAGGGAAUAUUGUCAGAAACCCACAUAUGAUUUCUGACAACAUUACCCCUAAAGGCAUAGGCUUUGGUGAAUCAUUCCGAUUCCAUAAGGUCUUGCAAGGUCAAGAAAUACAUUCAAGUUCACCGUGUGGAAGAGUCCCAACUACUAAUGAGGCUAAUCAAUAUGGUGGUCUAGGUAUCUAUGAUGGUGUUCAGGUGCCAAACUCUAGAAAUGGAUGGUCCACCCUGAUGCAGAGCAAUAAUGCACAUGUCCGCCCAUCAGCCCAGUCUGUACAAGUAUCUUCACCUUCUUCUGUGUUAAUGUUUCAGCAUGCAAUGAAUCCAGUGUCAAACUUCAAUUCAAUGUAUAAUGGUCAUAAUCAGGAGGAUCAAAGAAAUAUUAAACGAAGUUUGUACAUGCCGGAAUCAAAUAGCGGCAAGCACACAUCUUCAUUUUGUAACCGUAUUUUCAGUGGUGAAGAUCAUGGAGGAAGAAAGUCUCUGCAUUCAUUAACUGAUCAUAUUCAACAAGGAAUAUCAAAUCCUCAUGUUGCUCAAACAACACAUAGGAGCACUCAAGAUGUGGUUGUCUCGUGUAAAAGUAGCUGUAGGCUUUUUGGUUUCUCAUUGACUGAAGAAAAACGUGUUCCAGAUAAAGAAUGCAACUCUACACCAGCAACAUCUCCCUUGAAUGCUGGAGCUUCUUUAUUUCCCAAUGUUGGAGGGCAGUUUCAUUCAAAACCUCCUUUAAUGGCCAAGGCGGUUGGAAGCAAUUGUACCAAAGAAUUGGCUUUUGAUUGGUGUGGAGAUAGGAUGGAGUAUUGUUUGCAAGGAUAAUGAGGAUGAUCAAUGCAUUUUGGGGAGGAUCUGUGGCAGGAAUUCAAGUGCACUGUCAAUUAUUAUGAUGUAAUGGAAAUGUAUUCUUGGCACCUGAGAUCGUGGGGAAGGCGAUGCCUUGGUAUCGCCUGUAGUUGCUCAGAUUGUUUGCUGUCAUUUGUAAACUUUUUUAACAUUUUGAGGUAAGAGAAGUUGUAAUUAUUCAUCGCUUGAAGUAACUUGGCAGUGUUUUUAACAUAGCUAUGACAAGAACAGUUGGUCCCUGUUGAAGAAGGGUGGCCUAUUUUCCGACUUUUGACACAAUUUGGUCCAUGAUGCAAUUGUUGACAACAAUUGGCAGACAUUGGUCAAGUUGUUUCUAUCUUUUGUUUAAAAUGAAAUUGUUUGCUCCAAGCUGACAUGUUUAUGGUAUCUAUUAUGUUUGAUUUUUAA